AGGGAGGGAGUCGGCGACGUUAGCAGGGCGCCCGCGUGCUCACGGGAGCCUGGGGGCGCCGAGUGCCUUUCGCACGUGCCGGGACGCCCGUUACAGGCGUCUCACGUGGGAUUCUCAGAAUAUAGCAGCCGAGCUCCAAUCUCCAAGGCCUGCCCUGUAUUGGGGUCUGUUAACCCAGGGGGCUGACUGCUGAGCCUGCCCCCUUCUGCCCUGUAGUGGGACCUGUCCAAAUCCCUUUUCGUGCCCUCGUCCUCUUCCUGUAUCUUGAGAGUGGACUGUCUCUGCCAGGAGGGAGUCCAGGUAGGGGGUGUUGCAUCUCAUCCUGCUCUAGUGAAGACAAAGUUUAGUCAUUCAAGUCAAGGACAGGAGGAUUGAGCUCCCUUUUCAUUUCUGCUCUGUUGGAUAGAGACAUAGCACAUCCAUCUCUAGAGGAGGAGAAGAGAAAGCACAAAAAGAAACGUCUGGUGCAGAGUCCAAAUUCCUACUUUAUGGAUGUAAAGUGUCCAGGAUGCUACAAGAUCACCACGGUGUUCAGCCAUGCUCAGACAGUGGUUCUGUGUGUUGGGUGCUCAACUGUGUUGUGCCAGCCUACUGGAGGAAAGGCCAGGCUUACAGAAGGUUGCUCAUUUAGAAGAAAGCAGCAUUGAAUGCUCCCUUUGCCAACAUGACUCAUGCUAUAUGCUCCUGGAAGCCUUAUCUGUUCAAAAAUGUCGGUUAAUCUAACAAGUUAAUUGUUCAACUUUGUAAGAAACACUAGCGGUUACCUGGUGGGUUUUUUUUCCCCCCAAUAAAACGUCUUAAUGUGCA